GUAGAAUUACAUAAACAGUGAGAUGCGCAGUUACUUAACACGAUUUUCCCCCAUUCUUUCAUACUGAGGAUACAGUUGAGUCCCACCUUCUUCACAACAAAACCAUUGUAGCUAGGGUUGUGCAACUCUGAUGAUUGAUCGUUUUCGAUGUAUUUCAUUUGAACGUUGUCUAGGGCCUACAGGAAGGAACAUAACGAGACGAAACAUGGAGAAAAGCAGCGGGACAAUUUCUUCAAAAAGAAAAGCUUCCUCAUCUGAGACAAGUCUUCCAGACUGCAAAAAGCUGAAAUCGAAGGAUAGUGGCAAGGCUAGCGCAAAUAAAGCUCUGAACAAGAAAAAUACUAAAAUAGAGAAGGACUCAAGCAAGAAAAAACACACAUUCUUGGGUAGCUCAGAAGUUUCUCUAAGUUCUACACAUGCAAGCCAGAAGAUGAUCCGGGAUGGAUGCCUAGAGGUUUCAAAGAAUGACAAAGGACAACUUGUUUUUAAAGACUUCCCACAGUUCCAACCUAACAUGUCACCAAAAGAAGUACUUCAAGCUGGCAGCUUUGGUGGUACCUACUUCAGACCAAUAUACUCAAGUGUGACAAAACACAAUUGCAAAGAUGAAUGGAAAGAGCUCCCUGAGGAUUGGCUGAAAGGUUUGAACAUUCCCACACAGGUGGUCUCAUCAACAUACAGAGACAGUGUAAACACAUACAAAGUGAAGUGUGGAGGCAGUCUAGAAAUGUGGGAAAGCAGUGGAUGGAUUGUAACCCAGGAUCCCUAUGGGUGGUUUCAGUGGUACUGCAGGUUUUACCAUGGUCGGCGUACUAAGGAUGAUGAGCGUCAGAUCGGGCGAUGGGCAAAGUGUGCUGGGGUAAAAGGCCGGUGGAGAAAUAAUCUGAUAACCAAAGUAGUCCGGUCAGGCUGUGGCUUUGACAACCCAACAAUCUCUCCUGUGGUCAGACAGACAUUACAGCACUGGGGGUACCGACUGACCAAGGAGGACUACAAUGAGGGUGCCAAGAGGGUUAAGCCAAAAUAACCGUGCACCCUGCUUGUAUUCAUUAUACGGGUACAGUAGGGAGGCUGGUGGGUGGAGCUAUAGGAUGGGCUCAUUGUAAUGGCUGGAAGGAAUUUAAAUGGAACAUUAACAAACAGAUCAAACAUAUGGAAACAACAUUUGAUUCCAUUUAUUUAAUUCCAGCCAUAACAAUGAUCCCAUCUUCCUAUAGCUCCUCCCACCAGCCUACACUGGGGUACAGAAAUAAGUGCAUGAGUUUGACUGUUUUAUUUGCAAACGUGUGUUUGUGGUAUUUUUUGAUACUGUAAAUGCAAUGUUUAACUUUAAUUCGACUUAAAAAAAAUAGAGAUACCUAACUCCC